AUGCAAGGUGCUUCAAAUGCAUGUGAUUUGAGCACAGCAAUCUGUAGCAUUAGUGAUUUACAAGUCAAUGAGGCGGCUCAAACAGGAUUAAGAUAUGCCCACCAAUAUAUCAGCUCAAUUUCUGAUCAGAACAACCUGUUAAAUAGUAGCAUGAUAAAACAGUCGAGCCUAAUUGCCAAUGAAGCGAUCAAGGAGUUCAAGAAACUCCUCUAUCUCUUAGAGGAUUCAACAUCAACAAAAACAAAACCUUCUAGGAGGGUUAAGCAGGGUCCUCUGCCUAAAAACAUGGGGAUAAACCCGAAAGAUAUGGUUGGUCUUUCGAUUGAAAACUCUUACAAGUUGGCAUCUUCAACUCGCGUUCCUAAUAAAGAAUUCAAUGUGAUCAAUAUCAAUCGGUCAUAUUCCAAUCCCGUGUUGUGCAUGGAAGGAUCAACCACAAGCAGCAGCAGGCAGAUUGUCAUGCAGAACUCAAUGUCAGGGAUUUUGAGUUUCAGUGAGGAUGCUACCACUAAAUGUGCUUCCUCCAGCAAGACUUGCCAUUGCUCAAAAAAAAGGAAGCGAAGGGAAAAGCGAAAAGUAAGAGUUCCAGCCAUCAGUGACAAAAUAGCUGAUAUACCACCGGAUGAGUACUGCUGGAGAAAGUAUGGGCAGAAACCCAUCAAAGGCUCUCCUCAUCCAAGGAGUUACUACAAAUGCAGCACUUGCAAGGGAUGCCCUGCUAGGAAACAGGUAGAAAGAUGCUUGCAAGAUUCAAGCAUGUUGAUUGUGACUUAUGAAGGGGAGCAUGUUCACUCCAAAUUCACAUUUCCGUAUUCCACCAUUACAUUUUGA